AUGUUCCUUAGAAUGGAGCCAAUUCCAAAACUUGUAGCUGGACUUCUCCUGCUGACCUUAUGUGUGGUGGGCUGCCAAGGCCAACACUGGUCCUAUGGACUACGUCCUGGGGGGAAGAGGAAUGCUGAAAAUUUGAUCGAUUCUUUCCAAGAGAUAGCCAAAGAGCUUGAUCAACCAGCAGAACCUCAGCGCUUGGAAUGCACCAUCCACCAGCCCCGAUCUGCCCUCAGGGACCUGAAAGGAGCUCUGGAAAGUCUGAUUGAAGAGGAAACUGGGCAGAAGAGGAUUUAA